CUAUUUAUUUUUUACUUUUUGGCAGACAUUAUAUUAUCACAACUUACAAACUAUGCCUUACACUUCAUACCUAACAUCACACUUCACCAAACCAAGUAAUACCAAAACAAAAAAAAAAAUUAUACAAACAUAAAGUGGAAACACUAGCAAUAAUUGGAGCUGUCAAACAAGCCCUCACAUACCAGGGAGCUGCAUUAUGCAAGCAGCCAGCAAUCCCAACAAUACAACUAAGUUUAGAGGCCCUGAUGGAGCAAUAGAAACUGUGGAAGAUUCUGGCAAAGUCCCAGAUGGUGGAAAGGCCGAGUCUGGUCCGGGAGCAACUGUAACAUCCGGGUUUGGAGGGCUCUGGCUUGAAGGAAUUGUAGGCACUGAUGACUCAGAUGGAGGAACUGCCUCACCACCAGGAGAAGGAAAUAGUGGAGAAAUGUCUGGGGAUAGAGCUGGAGAGUACACAGGAGCACCUGGCAAGACUGCAGGUGCAGCUGAAAUAGUUGAAACUUUGAUAUUUAAUUCAGAUGCUAAGGCUAAUGAAGAAUAGUAGGACAUAAAUAUCAUGAACAUUGCCAAGAUUGAGGAAAAGGAAGCCAUCAAUGAUGAUAGAAUUAAUUCCCUUAUUAUGAAGUAUAAUAAAUGUGUCUAAGAGAAAGGGAGAGAGUGAGGGUUGGAGAGUGAGGAAGAAUAUGGGAAGAAUGUGAGUAGGUUCAUGAUUAAGGCUUAAAAGGUCUAGUGGAAGUGCUGGUGGGGACUAAAUGCUAUGUGGCAGAAGAUCACUUGGACCUGUUGUGAUAGUACAGCUUGCAUUUUCUGCUAAGG